UCUCCUGCAGAUCGGAGAUUCAUGAGAGCUGAACCUGGAAGCAGCGUCACUCUGCCAUGUAGACCAGCUGAGAACAAAACUGUUAGAUAUGUAGCGUGGACCAGAACUGAUCUGAAAGAUGGAAUGUAUGCUAUUUUGUACAGAGAUCCACAUGUUAAUCCAGACGAUACAUGUGGAUCCUUCAAGAACCGAGUGAAUCUGAAGGACGUGACGAAUAGGGAUGCUUCUUUGAUCCUGACAAAUGUGACGGCUGCUGAUACAGGAACAUAUGAGUGUAUAGUUAAGUGGGAAGGAGAUCAGUCAGACUCUAAGAUCAUCAGCAUCAUUGGUCUGAAAGUUAAACCAGAUCAGAGAACCAUCAGAGUUAAAUAUGGAGAAACCGUCACUCUGCCAUGCACAGCUCCUAGAAGGGAAGAGCUUGAUGUUGCAGAGUGGAGCAGAGCUGAUCUGGAGUCAGAUCAAUAUGUUAUUUUGUUCAGUGGCAAUAGAGUUAAUGACGACUCUCAGUCUCCAUCCUUUAAGGACCGGGUGAAACUGCAGGAUGUGAAGAAUGGAAGCGCUUCUUUGAUCCUGAGGAUGGCAACACCUGAGGAUUCAGGAACAUAUGAGUGUCGAGUUGUUCAGGGAGGAAACAGCUGCAAGAAGAGAUCCAUUCUGGACACUGACCUCCUCAGCAUCAUUACCCUGAUAGUUGAUCAAGGUGAGUCUGAUUGUUUCUGGAUCAGAACCUCCAGCAGCUUCCUGGUUCUGAUGUGA